GAGCUCAUUAAAUCCAACUACCAAAAAAAUUAAAAAAAGAAGAAAAAAAUGUUAACAAGCCCUAAAUAUUACAAACGGUGAUUCCAUGAUCCCCAAACACCUGCUACGUUCUUCCCUUUGGCCGAGAGAUUAAAGAAGGGUUUUUUUCCAAAUGCUACCUUCUUCCCUUUCGCUGAGAGAUUAGGGAAGGUUUUUUUUCCUCGAUCCUCCGCCAAGGCGCCACCACCACCGGACGUUGGUUGAGAAAUCUAAAGAAGGCAAGAAGGAACUUAAGAGGUGUUUGCUUUUAUCAAGUCAAAUAUUUCCUUCUGUUCAAAGUGAAGAGUUCUCUAAAAAUUCUGUAAGGCAGGCUUGAAAUUAACUCCUGGAAGAUGAGCCAGGAGAACCAAAUAACCAAUUCUUUAGCUCCAGAAAACCUCCCUGUCAAGCGGAAAAGGGGUCGUCCACGGAAGGGUGAGUCUCUGAAUCAUGGGGAGAAAGUUUCAGUCACACCUGGUUCUGAUGCAGAAAGGAGGAAUCGUCGCCGGAAAAUAGAUGCAGCUACCGAUACAAAUAGUAACAUGGUCGGAAAGGUUGUUUCUGGUGUUCUUGAGGGGGCAUUUGAUGCUGGAUAUUUGCUCACUGUUAGAGUUGGUAAUACUGAUACCAUUCUGAGUGGUGUGGUGUUUGAGCCAGGGCUCUCUGUUCCCAUUUCAGCAGCAAAUGAUGUGGCACCACAUGUCAAAAUGUUCAAAAGAAAUGAUAUUCCUAUCCCAGGUGUAGAUUCCCCAGCCCAGGUGUCUCAUACAAUCCAAUCCGAACAAAAGAAUGUGCAAUCUGUCAACUUUCCUCAGAGAAAUGAUGUUCUUCCAGAAAAGGUGUCACCACCAGUCAACCAGGUCCUUGGAGCACCCCGAGUAUUGCCCUCUGAGCUUCAACCUGGUCCUCAGGCAGACCCAAAAGGAGUGCCAAGUGACCCUAAUAAAGUUCUCUUAGCUACAUUACAGGCUGUGCAGCAAGGUGAGGGUAACAUCAGGAGUGCAAUUAGUGUACAUGCUAAAGAACAACAUGAUGAUGUCAGUUCUAUUCAAAUUUCUACUCAAGCAGCAGUUCCUGUGGUUGACAAGAAAAUGUCAACUGAUGUACUGGUAGAAGAUAAGACUGGUCAUCCUGCAAGAGGUGUAUUUGCUUGCACCAACCAGGUGAGCCUGGUCAUGCCACAGCCAGCUAUAGUGUCUGAAGGCAAGAAUGGACCUGCCUCAACCGAACAGUGGAACUGUAAUGUAGAUGGAACUGCAAAACCAGAUGAUUUGCUGCAGGAAAAUGCCUCAAACAAGGGAUCCCAAAAUAGUUUAGAUGCACCUGAAGAUCCAAAAUUUGAAACUAAAAUUGAACUAUCAGUGGAGACACUGGAGGGAACUGAGAUACCUGUCCAGAUGAUUCAUGUUCAAAAUCAGGCUAUGGGUGCUGAAUUUAAGGGUUAUCAGCCAAUUGAUGAUACAGAGAGUGGUCCUGAUGUCAAACUUAACCAUGUUCCUGUAACUGAUAUACCAAAGUCAGUAGUCGCUGAACCAAUUGGGGUGUUACAUGAAAACCAGGCGUGUCCAGAAGGUGAUACGCCACGAGAUAUUCAGGCUGCUCUCUCAGUUGAGAUUCCAAAGAGUGAUGAGAGUUCCCAUUCAAAUGGAAUGCCACAAAAUGAUGCCACUGAAACAAUUGAGGGAGAUUUAAAACCAGUGGCCACUAAGAAUAAGAUGUUGAAUGAAAACCAGGUUUCUCCUAAAGUUGACACAGUAUAUGCACAUGUUGAGCAUUCAGUUGAGACUCAAAAGAGAGAUGCAAAUUCCCAUUUAGAUGAAAGCCAGAAAAGCCAUGUUGUCGUAUUGAACAUUGAAGAUGCACAAUCUGGGGCAAAGACUAAUGCUCUGGUAGAGAUGUUGCAGAAAGAAGUUUGUCCACAUGCACCAUUAGAUCCCCAAGCUGAUCUUGUAGCUAAGCACUCUGCACUUACAGAAGCAAUGCCUGGGCCUCAAGUCCCUAGUUCUACUGUACUUACAGGAAACGAGGAUUGCAUAUCCAAAAAUGUUCUUACACCUGCAGAACUGCAGAGUGAUGUUGUGGAGUGAAACAAGACUGCAGAUUCCAUAGGAGCCUGAAGAUGUUGUGGAAGUUGGUACAGGUAAAGAGUGCACCAAAUGAUUCUUCAGGAAUCAAACCUUAAACACUAAAAACAGCUGAUGAUACUUAUGAUUACUGACAUAUUUAUACAUUCUUGCAAAAGGAUCUGAGUCCCAUGGCUGACAACAAAAUUAACUCUUGUAAUCUUGAACAUUGUAUUACUCUAUUUCCCAACUGCCAUUUUAGUUUAUAAUUUAUGCUUCAGGUAUUUUAAACACGAGCUUGCCGAGGACGGCUUAUCCUGUUGUCUCUAGGCAGGAACUCCACCA